CGCGGAGAGCACACUUCUUCAAUUUUCUGCGAAAAAAUUCAAUCAAAGCUCAGUAAUAAGCGGUAAUAUACAGGGAAAAUAUUCGGCUAGCGUUUAUAGUUUAGUUUAUUGCAAACACGCGCAUAUUGUUUGUACACAACACAGUGCAGACAAGCAAGCGAAGCCAACGAAAAAAUAUCGGGGAAUAAAGUGCGCUAAAAAAAAAAGUGAAAUCUAAUGCUAAAAGUCAAUUUCUUAUAGUCGCAAACGUGAUUCAAUAAAUAACCAACAGGGCAAUUAAUUUAUGUGACGAAUUGUGGAAAAUCGAGAAUGGGAACGAAAGUGCAACAAAACGACGACGCUGCCGCCGCAGCGCCAGCGGCAGAAGCGGCCGCCACCCACAGCAACGCCAACGCCAACGCUAGAGCCACAACAACAACAACAGCAAGAGCAGUAGAAGCAGAGGCCGAGGCAGCAACAACAGCAAGCGCAACAACAACACCAACGCAAACAACAACGGAGCUAAAGUCACAAACGCUGCCCACACAUAGCGCAGCGCCGACGCAAGUGUUAAUCAUUCCUGCCGCCCAGGCUUCCACGAUGGCCACAAAUGCCGCCAAAAAGAUACGACGCGCCUUCUCCAUGCCACGCAAUCCGUUUCGCUGGUCGCGCAAAUUCAAGACGAUUGCUGCCACAGCCGGCACAGCUGCCGAUGGCAGCAGCGUUAACGUCGGCAGCGCCAGCAAUACCGCGAUUUCGUCCUGUGUGAGCGGCGGUCGCGGACGCAGCGGCAGCAUUGUCUCGCUCAGCAGCUACGGGGCGGCCUCUGACACGCCCAUCGGCAAGGACAAGCCAAAUAGGGCGGCGACCAUUGCAGUCACCAAUAACAACAACAACAACAACAACAACAGCGGCAGCAGCAGCAACAACAACAACAACAGUAAACGUGCGAGCGGGCAACAAGCACGUGUGAUGCGCCGCUCUUCCUUCAGGAAAUUUCUCAAUCGCAUCGCGCAGCAUUUAAGCGCAACGGUGAAUGUUGGGUCGCCCGAGAACAACACGGCGCAACAUCGCACAACUUUCAUAGAAAUUGUGCCAUUCUACACCGGAUGCUGGCGACGAAAAGAGGCGAAUAAACAUGGCCAAGCGAGCAUGGGAAAUGGGAGUGCGAAUGGGGGCACGGAACGUGUGCCGCCCAUUGGUGGCUAUCAAUGGCCCGCGGAUCAGACGCCCGGCGUGAUGGGGCUAAAGAAUCAUGGCAACACCUGCUUCAUGAACGCGGUGCUCCAAUGCCUCAGCCACACGGACAUCCUAGCCGAGUACUUUGUGCUGGAUCAGUACAAGGCGGAUCUGAAGCGCCGCAACAAGAUCAACUCGCGCAAAUUUGGCACCAAGGGCGAACUAACCGAGCAACUGGCCAAUGUGCUGAAGGCCCUGUGGACCUGCCGCAACGAGAGCGAUCACAGCACCAGCUUCAAGGCGGUCGUCGAUCGCUAUGGCACACAAUUCCGGAGCUCGACGCAGCACGAUGCGCAGGAGUUUCUGUUCUGGCUGUUGGACAAGGUGCACGAGGAUCUGAAUACCGCGAGCAAACGGCGCUACAAGAGCAUCAAGAACUCGUACGGGCGCUCCGAUGAGAUAAUUGCCGCCGAGACCCUGGCGAAUCAUAUACGCUGCAACAAUAGCUUUGUACAGGCCGUGUUUCAGGCACAGUUUCGCUCCUCGCUGACGUGUCCGCGCUGCCAGAAGCAGUCCAAUACCUUCGAUCCGUUCCACUGCAUAUCCGUGCAGCUGCCGCAGCUCACCCAGGUGACCAUCUUUGUGACUGUGGUCUUCAUGAAGCAACAGCCGCGCCAGCUCAAGAUGGGCUUGCGUGUCCCGGCCGGCUCGCCCAUUGUUGCGCUGCGCGAGCAGCUUCAAGAGACGGGCAUUGCCCCCGACCGCAUGGUGCUGGUGGAUCUCAGCUCGGAGGGAUUCACACGUGUUUUCUACGACACUCAGCCCGUAGAGACGCUGAGCAGCGUGGAGAACAUCUACUGCAUUGAGGUGCCCGAAGUGAGUCCAUCGCCAAAGGCCUCCUUGGAUGUAGCGCCUGCGGAUGCCGCCGAGAAGCCGGCAGCUGCGUCACAUUCCACGGAUCUGCUGUUGCUCGUGGCCAAUGUUCACAGGACGACGGCGGGAACGGGAGCGGGCGAAGCUGAUGCCAAGGACGUCUGCGCGCGCUUUGGUGCACCCUUCAGCAUGAAGGCGCCCAGGGAUUGCAGCUACCAGGAGCUGCAGAAGCGCAUGCUGCGCGAGAUGUCCGCACUCCUCAAGCCGGAGGUCUUUUCCUAUGCAACGCCGUUGACGGAUAUGUUUAAGAUACGUCUCCAGGAUCCCUCCGCCGAUCCGGAUACGUAUUUGGAGCAGGUGGAGCAUCCGCUGCUCACCGAAAUGAUCGAUAUGGCGCUCUCGGUGCUCUCUUCAGAGGCGGGACCCACACACAUUAAGCUGCUGCUGGAGUGGAGCGCGCCCGAGACGCAUUUCGUUCAGCUUCAAUCGGAUGCAGAUGCCAUCGUGGAGCACGAGAGUGUGGCGCGCUUGAGCGCCAGCAAACCCAACGAUACCGCCACCCUGACGCUGGAGCAAUGUCUGGAACAUUAUACCAAAGCGGAGACGCUCAGUGCGGAGGAUGCCUGGCGCUGUCCGCAUUGCCAGCAGUAUUUGCCCGUGGUCAAGACCCUGGGCCUCUGGUCGCUACCCGACAUUUUGGUUGUGCACUUCAAGCGGUUCCGCCAGCACCAGGCCAAGGGACCGCAGGCGGCCAAACUGACCACCAUGGUCAAGUUUCCGCUCACCGCAUUCGACAUGUCGCCGCAUUUGGCGCGCGGCGUGCGCGAGUGCAACGGCGGCAACGGCCUGGGUCAUGCCAUGGAGCAGUCCAAUAAGAAGUCACGCGCUGGCGACUCACGCUCCUCGACGUUGAAUUCCCGCACGGAGCCCAAGGAUACGCGCUAUGAUCUGUAUGCGGUCUGCUAUCACCAGGGCGAUACGCUGGAAACGGGCCACUAUACGGCAGCCUGCAAGAAUCCAUACGAUCGCCGGUGGUACAAGUUUGACGAUCAGCGCGUGAGCAAAGUGCCCGAGGUUGACAUCGAGCAGGACAUCAUCAACAAUGAGGCCUAUAUGCUCUUCUAUCAGCGACGCAGCGUCGAUCCAGCCGCCGAGUGUUCCGGCUCCAGUUCCAAUUCGGGCGAUCAUUGGGUCUCGCGCAUUGCACCACCUACAGCAACUGUUGCCAAGGAGAAGGACCUAGCGACCACGACCACGGAAGCGCCAGAACCGGUUCCAGUCGUAGCUGAGAAGUCAACCGUGCCCAAAGCUGUGGCUCUGCCCAUUCCCAUACCCAUUGCUGCUUGCGAAAUCGAAGAGGAGCCUGAGGUUGUUGCUGCAGCAGAUACGAAGUCCGCCUCGGCUCACGACCUGCUGAACAUUGAGGCAUUAGCUUUUGCCGAUGCAGAUUCCGAGAUGGAGUCGGCUCCGCCGGCUGAGUUAAAGGCUGAGCCCGCUGCGCCUUUAUCCACGACUCCAACGCCACAGCCGUUGCCUGAACCCGCCAACGCUGCCGUAGAAGAAGCUGAUGCCGCGCAAAUCUUUGCCAUGGACGAAGACUGCCCUGAAAAGCAGCGUGAGGCAGCUGCUGCACGCGAAACCGCGCCCACCUUGGCGGCCACUGAGCCAGCCAGCGAAGCACCAACGCCUGUGGAGCCCACAACCAAUGGCCAUGCGGCCAGUUCGGGCACAUCCUCAGCAUCCAGUUCGGCUUCAUCCGUAAGCUCGCUCUCACCACGCUCCCUGAACACCUCCGUAACGGCGGCUACCACGCUGCAGAGCAAGUUCAAUGGCCACAUGACGCUGCUCAACGGCAAUGCGACGCCGCAGUUGUCUUCCAGCCUGCAGCUGUCGCGACAUGCGCUGCACAACCACCACUGCAACCACAAUUGGCACGGCUCACGCAGCAGCGUCUCGGCCAUCGAGAGUGUCACACAGCAACAGCAGCAGCAGCAGCAACAACAGCAGCAGGCGGCGGCGGCUAGCCUGAGUCUGCGGCACUCCUUCUCCACCAGCUCCAAUUAUAAGUUGCGCGACUGCAGCGAGACAUUAUCUUCGCUGCUGCGCAACUCGGCCAACACGUGCAGCAAGGACACGCUCCUCUUCAUUGAUCAGCAGAGCCAUCAUCACACGAGCGGCUUGAUCGAGGACGAUGACGAUACGUACAUGGGUCGCUCCUUGUGGAUAUCGCCCGUUACGCCACAUAAGUUAAUUACCGUCUCACCCAAGAAUUAAUGACGAUAUUGUUAAUUGAUUUGGAUACGGACUCACACACACACAAACGCACUAUAGCCAUAAGCCUAAAGUUUACUUUAUACUAAAUAUUUCGAUCGAUGAAGUUAUAUAUAUAUACAUAUAUAUACAUAUUAUUAUAAGCUAAAAGAUGUUAUACACAACGUUUACUUUAACAAUUUGCGAUUUACAAACAUAUAUACAUACUCGUAUGUAUAAUUAUAUAUAUACAUAUACAUAUACAUUUAUAUAAACAGUUAGUUAAGCUAUUUAAGUGCAAAAGUUGAGACGAUUUUCUUUUAAUUUCAUUUUAAGUUAACUUAUUGAAGAAUAGAGAAUUUUCUUGAAACGAUUGACAUUGCAUUAUAUAUAUAUAUAAUAUUAUUUAUUUAGCAUAAUAUGAAAGUACAAUAUGAUUUGAUUUUGAUUUCUCUUCAUGCAAUAAUUUUAUUAUUUCUUUGAUAUAUGAACCUAAUUUAACGCAGAAAGUGCAUGGCAUAUAUAAGAAGAGGAAAUUCAUUAGUUUUUUGUAACGAAACCAAGUUUCAAGCUGAGUAUUCCAUAUGCAUACGGCUUGUGUGUAUAUGUGUGUAUAUUUUCAUUUCAAUUACUACGUCUAGUAUUCGCAUUUUAAUAUUUACA